AUGAGUGAAUGCCAGUGUCUCCCUUCUCAGGCGCUCUUCUUCUGCUGCUGUUUCCUGGCCGUUCUGGCGCUCGCCGCCGCGGUCUGGUUCUUCCGUGACUCCCGUCGGAUCGGCGGCGUCCAGAAGCGCGUUCUGGUGACGGGCUGCGACAGCGGCUUCGGAGCGCUCGCGGCGCGCCAGCUCGACCGGCGGGGCUUUCACGUGAUCGCCGCGUGCCUCACGGAACCUGGCGCCUCCAGGCUGCGCGCGGCGGCCUCCCCCAGGCUCAAGACGCUUCUGCUCAAUGUUACCGACAGCGCGAGCGUGGAGAGCGCGCUGGAGCGCGUGCGCAGCGAGACCGGGGAGAGAGGUCUGUGGGGUUUGGUGAACAACGCCGGCAUCUCGGUCCCCAUCGGCCCCAUGGAAUGGAUGCAGCCGGACGACUUUAAGAAGGUCCUGGAUGUUAACCUCAUCGGCCUCAUUGGGGUGACUCUGAAGUUUCUUCCUCUGCUGAAGAAGGCUCGUGGUCGGGUGGUGAACGUGGCCAGUAUCCUGGGAAGAGUCUCGCUCAUCGGGGGAGGAUAUUGUCUCGCUAAAUAUGGUGUGGAGGCCUUCUCUGAUAGCUUGAGGAGAGAUAUGAGGCACUUUGGAGUAAAAGUAAGUAUCAUUGAACCAGGCUUCUUCAAGACACAAGUGACAGAUCUAGGCCUCAUUGAAGAUGAUCUGAAGAAACGAUGGAACAGCCUGCCAGCAGAGGUCAGGAGAGCCUACGGAGACUCAUACCUGCAGGACUAUAUAAAGCUGCAGGAGUUCUCCAUGAAGAUUCUGGCCAGCGGCGAUCUUAAUAAAGUGACCUCGUGCAUGCAGCACGCUCUUUCAGCGCGGCAUCCCCGAACGCGCUACAGCGCCGGCUGGGACGCCAAGCUCCUCUGGAUCCCGCUCUCGUACCUGCCGACACGCAUAGCAGACCUCUUCACCAGCGUUAUAAUGCCUUCCGUGAAGAAGAGCUGAACAUCACUAAAAAUAACCCUGCAGCUCAGUCCAGCCGAUGUGCAAAAAAAAAAAUAAUAAUAAUAUUAGAUUUAUGAUGAUGCCGAGUUAAAAAACCGGCAUGAACGUUCAUCACGUGCAGCAGAAAAAUGUAGAGCGCUUUGUAUCGUUUAACUUGCGAUCUGCAGAGUGGCAGAAAAAGGGAAAAUCUGGAUCACGUCAAAAUGAUGUCUGAUGUCUUCGCGGCAAGUCUCGUGCCGAUUAGCGGGAGAAUACAAGACUUCUGAAAAGAUAAAAUGCUAUAUAUUUUGUGAAAUAAUGACACACUGUAUAUGGUGUGAAACAGACGCUAUUGUGUAAUCAGCUCCUCAAAAUUAGGAGAGAGCGUAUUGGAUCUCAUUCAAGUGUUAUGCAAAGGCGUGCAUUAAUGCAAUCAAAUAAAAAUACAUUUUAUAUAUUACUGUCCAUAAUUAAAGUGCCCUUUGGUGGCCCGCAA